CUACACCAACUCUAAUCCCCGCUUCGAUGAGCAGCGUAUGGCAGCAAGCAUGGGAUGCUGCCCAGCCUCGACUUCAUUCCAUACAAGAUGCUCUUGCAUCUCCAACAUUUUCUAUACCGAACCCUCGCAUCAUCCGCGUCGGUCAGCUAGACGCUGAGCUCCUCGAUGCUGAACUUGUGCACAUACUUACGGAGCCGGUGUCAAAGGCUCUUGCGACCGUCAAUGCAUCCAUGAAAGCUCGGCUUGAGCCUGAGCUAGCACUGCUCGUCCAGCUUGUGCUUUAUCGCUUCUCGGUGUGGACCUCUGGUGCAAGUUAUGGUGCAAUGCUACAGGGCCUGCGGUAUUCCGUUCCAAGUUCCGUCUCGGACUCUAGCUCCAGACCCCCACGACGACUAUUGAUCAUCCACGGUGCACUCACUAUCCUUGUUCCCUACUUCCGUAACCGAAUCCAUGCAUAUGCACUUUCGCGUGCAUGGCCAGAUGCCCCUGCCUCUGAUACCCGUCGCCGCGCUUGGGGUGCCUUGAUGACCCUCGAGACCGCACAUGGUGCAUUCAGUCUGCUCAACUUCGUCGCAUUUUUAUGGAAUGGGAGAUACCGGACAAUUGUUGAUAGAUUCCUAGCGAUGAGGCUUGAGCCUUCACAAGCCCUUCUCAAACGCGACGUUAGUUAUGAGUUUAUGAAUCGCCAGAUGGUCUGGCACGCAUUUACAGAAUUCCUCCUCUUCCUCCUCCCACUCAUCAAUCCUCGCUCCGUGGCGCGAAGGCUCACAUCAACCCUUUCGUCCCUUCUCCCUGCUCCUUCCCCUACGCAAAAAAUACGUUCACCGAAGCGCGGAAAGUAUUAUGCCCUCCCGCCAGAGCAGUGCGCCAUCUGUGCUGAGAACGCUGCGCUGAACGGGACGGAGAACCACCUAUACCCGAUAACGACACCAUAUCUUGCUUCCUGUGGACAUACUUAUUGUUAUGCUUGCCUUGCUGAGCGCAUGCUCCGCGCAGCCGAUGAUGGCUCACGCGGUUGGACGUGUCUGCGAUGCGCGGAAGAAGUGCGGAGUGCAGACCGAUAUAAGUUGGAGGGUGAAAGCGGAAACCUUAGGCGAAGUUCCAUGUUGGGUGGGACUGAAAAUGAGAGCGUGGGUGAGGGAGAUAGAGAUAGGAGUGAUGCAGACAGUAGUCAGGGUGAUGAAGAGAGUGAAUUCGAGUUUGGCAGCGAGUUCGGGAGCGGGACAGGCAGCUUGGGGAGCUACGCUUUUACAGGAAGUGAGGCCUGAGGCGUCGCUGCAGUACUUCAUAUACCAUUGCGUGCUCAUCUCACAUGGAAAAUGAAAAACUCGCAAAAGCGAAAUGUGAAAAAAAUU